GGGCUAAUGAUGAGCGCUUCAACAGGCGCCAUGAGCUCCAUCCUGAGUAAGCUGGCUACCCUCAUGGGGGAGGAGUUCGUUAAGCUGAAGAACCUACAGAGGGAAGUGAGGUUCAUUGGCGAUGAGCUCAGCAGCAUGAAGGAUACUCUCGAGAUGCUCUCAGAUUUGGAGAAGCUGGAUCCACAGACCAAGAGAUGGAGAGACACGCUGAGGGAGAUGUCCUACGAUAUUGAAGACAUCAUCGAUGACUUUAUGCACCGCAUCGGGGAGAGAAGUAAGAGCUACUGGUUUGAUCACAAGAUGGCUCGACUCCUCAAAAAGUUCAGAGCCCGCUAUCAGAUUGCCAAUCGGAUCAAAAAGAUCAAGGCACUUGUGCUCGAGACAAGUGCCCGUCGCCAAAGGUACAAGCUAGAUAUCCCCUCAUCAACAGAUGUGCCCAUUGACCAACGACUCGCCACACUCUAUGAAAAUGCAGUCAACCUUAUUGGUGUUGAAGGACCAACAAAUGAACUUUUGGAUUGCUUAAAAGAUAAGGACAGGCAUCUCAAGGUUGUAUCAAUUGUGGGAUUCGGAGGUUUGGGCAAAACCACACUUGCCAAUGAGGUGUACCGUAAGCUCAAAGAGAAUUUUGAUUGUAGUGCAUUUGUUCCAGUUUCUCAAAAGCCUGACAUCCCAAAACUUCUCAGUAAUUUAUUAUCCCAGCUUGGGAUAGUAUCAUCUAUUCAUGCUGAUGCAUCAGAUCUUCUUAACAAACUCAGAGAACACCUUCAAGACAAAAGGUACUUGAUCAUAGUUGAUGAUAUAUGGGAUGUAUAUGCAUGGCGUGUUAUUAAACAUGCUUUCCCAGAAAACAAUCUUGGCAGCCGACUAAUAACAACUACAAGAAUUCAGGAUGUGGCUACGACAUGUUGCUCCGAUCAAGCUGAUGUCAUUUUUGAAAUGAAGCCCCUUGGCGAUAGAGACUCAAGAAGAUUGUUUUUUUACAGGAUAUUUGGAUCGGAAGAAUCCUGCCCUCACCAUCUUAGAGAUGUUUCUGUUGAAAUUCUCAAAAAAUGUGGCGGUUUGCCUCUUGCACUUAUUAGUAUAUCUAGUAUGCUAGCCAGUGAAGGUACCAUGCAAAAGGAGAGGUGGGAGCAUGUAAGGAAUUCUUUGGGCUCAGGAACAAACUACACCUUGAAUGAAAUGAGGCAAAUCUUAAACCUGAGCUACAAAGAUCUUCCUUGUCAUCUCAAGACAUGCUUGUUGUAUCUUGGUAUGUACCCAGAGGACUACCCAAUAGAGAGGUCUAAUCUGGAACGUCAAUGGAUAGCUGAAGGGUUUAUCAGUAAGGAAAAUGGACAAGAUGUUGAGAAGGUUGCAAGAAAUUAUUUCAAUGAGCUUGUGAAUAGAAGCCUUAUUCAACCCGUAGGUUCUGACAAUGGAGGGUCAGCUACAUAUUGUAGAGUACAUGAUAUGAUGCUUGAUCUUAUCUUGGUGAAGUCCGCGGAAGAGAAUUUUUUCGUAAUAAUUGAUGACCCACGAGCCAAUAUGAGACUCGAUUACAAGGCCCGUCGGCUUUCCAUCCGCUGUAAUGGUCGGAAAAUAUUGAAGAAGAUUGAUAUGUCCAAAGUUCGGUCGUUUAUGUUAUUUGGGAGAUCUGAUUAUACACCUCCUCUGUCCGAGUUCAGAUUCCUCCGUGUCCUUUUUAUUGACACCAAUAAUGGUACAAUUGACCUCACCGGGCUGUGUAAACUGCAUCAGCUAAGGUAUUUAUGCAUUGGAUCCACUGGUUCAUGCCAGCUUCCAACGCAGAUUAGAAUGCUACAACACUUGGAAACACUUGAUCUGUAUAGCUGUGGCAGUUUUCCAUCAGAUAUAGUUCAUCUGCCACGGUUGAUGUAUCUGAGUGUUCCAACCAGGCUACCUAAUGCCAUUUCCAACCUGAAAUCCCUACGAUACUUAUUUAUUCGUAACUUUUCUGCGGACACACCAGAUAAUAUCAGGGGCCUCCAAGAGCUGACAAAUUUGAGGUAUGUAUUUAUCCCAUGGCGUGAGUUCUCUCUGAAUGUCAGCGGGGUGCAAAUGGCUGCUCUAUGCUCUUCUUUGGGAAGACUUUGUAGCCUCGAGGAGUUGAAUGUCGAUAUCAAGGGUUGCAUGGAUGGUUUGAUGCCACUGUCUCCUCCCCCCACUCCGUAUUGCCUCCAGAGACUUUUGUUGUCACGGCACUGUCCGUUUUCCAAGGUGCCUACAUGGAUGGGACAACUCCGUAACCUUGACGAGCUACGAUGCCACAUCGAUGUGCUACUAAAUGAUAGUGUUGGUAUCCUUGCGGAGUUGCCCGUCCUCACUCACCUCGAUUUAGUAAUCUGCAAAGACACUAGUGAAAGGAUUUCCAUAUACGGGGGAGGAGCAUUCCCUGCUCUAAAGCGCUUCCAUCUCCGGUUAAGGAGCGCUUCGUACCUGAACUUCCUGGCUGGUGCAAUGCCCAAGCUCUGGGAACUCCAGCUCAAGUUCAAUGCCCAUGGAUGGAAGCAGAGCGAGGCCGCACCCGCCGGCAUUGAGCACUUGUUAGCGCUUAAACAUUUGUCUGCGCAAAUCGGUUGCGCCGCUGCUCUGGAAUACGAAAAGGAAAGCGCCGCAUCUGCCUUGAGGAGUGCGCUAAACAUGCACCCAAGCCAACCUCGUCUUGGAAUCCAUCUUUCGAAUUACGACUUCUUUUUUGCCAGGGAAUAA